AUGGCGUGUCUCGGCUACCGCACGCAAGAGGAGCUGCGCUUCCGCGACCAGACGCAGUCCGUCAAGCGCAAGGUGCAGUACCACGCACAAACGGAAGCAUACCGCAAGCGCAAGGCGCAAAACGAUGCUCGCCUUUUCCAAACGGACUUCUUUACCAAUUUCGUAUUUGGCCUGGCCAGGAGCUACGACGCCCUCGGCAUCCUGUACCAAAGGACCCAUCCACCAGACCAUCUGGUCGCCAGCGUCGACGCCGCAAGCCUAGCCUUUUUUGCCCUCCGCCAGUUUGCGCCGUCAAGCGACUUGACGAAACUAGCGACGGAGCGCUACGUUGCGGCUCUUCACCUUGUCAAUGCCGCGCUCGCUGACCCGGUCGCGUCGCUGGCGGACGACACGUUGCAGUCGAUCCUGCUGCUCGAUCUCUACGAGAAGCUCUUCAGUCGCAGGCAAACCUCGACGAGGUCUUGCAUGAAGCACAUGAAUGGCGCCAUUUCACUUAUACGGGCGCGCGGAGAGGGUAAUUUGCAGACGUACGUCGGCCGUCGCCUGACGCAGCGGCUGUACACGACCCUCGUCAUCAGCUGUGCCAUCUCUGGGAUGCGGAUACCUGACGACAUGGAGCGGCUGCGGGUUGAUCUGAGCCGUUAUGUUAAAGUCGACGAAGACCCCAAGUGGGCUCUCACGACCUUGAACGAAAAAAUCAUCAACUUUACCUCGGAUGUGAAAACAGGCAAAAUAUCGUGCCGGGAGCGAAUCAUGGCGCACGCAUUGGAGUUUUACCGAUUGACCACCACCCUGGAGGACACUUUACCGCCGUAUUGGACUCCCAAGCGCGUCUUUGUCGGCGACGAUGGCUUGGGCCGGGAACUGACACUGACGGGUUCGUACGACGUCUACGAAAGCUUGUACUUUACCCAAGUCCGCAACGUCAUCCGCACGGCCCAAAUCAACCUGCUCUUGACAAUUGAGCAGCUUGCCGCAUCCAAAGAUCCGGAUCUCGCCGCUUCCACGCGAAAAUUAAUUGAACGGAAAGCCCGCGCCAUCUGUGACAGCCUCGCCCAGUACUUGGUGUCGCGCGACGAAAACGGUGCUCUCACGUGGGACUUGGCCGCGCCGAUGCAGCAGCUCGGCACCUACACCAUCUUCUUCCCGCUUUAUCUGGCCGUGCAAGCAUCGCGCGACGGGCGACUCGGCGGAUGGGCGCAGAACGUGCUUGGCCUGGUGGCGGAUGUCGGCGGGCUGGCCAUGGCGCAGAGGACAGCGGAUGCGUUGCAGGCAAAUGCAAACAUGUCUAGCUGGGAUGUGUAUACCAUGCUGGGCAGUUAUGCCAUUGCAGCGUGA